UGUCAGCGGCUGCACAUAAUAGAUAAUACUUACCAACCAUGCUGGACAGGAAGAAAUCCUCCACGGUGCACCUAACCGAUUCAGAGAAACUUCGUUUUCACUGGAGAAUUUUCGCUUUUCAAAGGGAGACACGGCUCGCCGGCUCGGGUCAAUGGCGUUCCACCGCCUCCUCCUAACGUUUCAGACGAGGCUACUAGUUCAGGACGAAAAUUAGAGGAGACAUCUGGUUCUGAAACCGGGAACCUUCUGGUUCUUCUUGGCGCCAAAGAAGUCCUAUUUUCCGUCGGGCUUUCGGUCAGGUGGAAACGGAUACAGAGAAGGCAGUUUGGAAGCGCCAGGCCCACACCGUCCACAAGCGCCAAAUCUGUGUCACGAAGAAUUUGGGGGCAUUGGAUUUGUUUGCCUUUUCUUCUGAAGCAACAUACUAAGGCUAGCUCCAACAACGCACUGUAAAGCGUUCUGUACUCUAAAUUUAGAGUUCAGAAGCGUCCUCUAGGCGCCCAGCAAGGACCUCUAAAUCACACUCUAAAUUAUAGAGGACGCCGCACGCACCCUAGAUAUGGAGACUUGGAGACGUGCGCUAUCCGGACGAGUCGUCGGGCUCGCGCGGGGGUGAAAAAUCCGAGGGCGCUGUACUCCCGUCGCUGGCGACUUCGAUCCAUCUCGGCGAGGGGGCCUCGCGGCGCUGCUCGUCGGCGGAGCCGGGCAAGCUGGGCUCGAAGAGGCCGUGCUCGAGUGGGUCCGGCGGCGGACCGCUCUCGGUGGUUGGAGGCAAGGAGGUGGCCCGUGAGGAGACAAAGAUCGAAGGCUUCGGUGCAACCGUCGGUGUUCGUCGCCGUCGAACCGCCAUCGCGAAGAAGCUGAGAAGAUCCACGGCGCCGACGAAGGAAGGUGCGCAGAAACGCAAACGCAUCUCGUCGCCGCCAUCUUCAUCGUCUUCCAGUAGGUCGGGUGCUCCAAAUCCGAAGAGAAAAAGGUACCCAUUGCCGAUCCAUUGUGGAUUCUAUGAUUGAAGUCAUUGAUUUUGUAGAACUCGUCCAGAUCUAGGGUUUCAGGUAACGCCAACACACAUUCCAUGCUUGUAGGCUUCAUUGACCACUUGGUAUUGUCUUGAUUAUUGCUAUUGACAGUGAGAACAAUUGAAUGUGCUACAAGCUUUGUUGUUGUACAAAUGGAUGUGUAUUCACAAAUACUUGGCGACUGGUUUUGACACACUAAAUCAUCAGCACUAGGUUUUGUCUUCAUAAUUGAUGUUCACAUUAACCAAAUUUCAUUGUGCUACAAGCUAUGUUGUUCUAGGAAACGUUGUGUAUUCACAAUGAGUUGGGGAAUGGUUUUCACACACAGAAUGAUCACCACUAGGUUCUGUCUUCAUUAUUCAAUUUGACAGUCACAACAUUUCAUUGCGAUGUGUAUUGACAAAAACAUGUCGACUGGUAUUCACAAUCCAUUUUGACACACUCAAUAGUAGCUGGUACGGACUAUAUUUACCAUUAUAAUUUAUGAACUAGGCCACGGUAUACAUAAAAUUUUGACGUACAUAUAUUAACAGAACCAUAUGUUUUAUGUAGACCAUGGAUUCGGAGAACGCAAAGCUCCGAAGAGCACUCGCUCAUUUAAUCAGAGUAGUGGAGGAGCGUUGUGCCGACAUCGUCGAUGUCGUCCACGGUGCCUUCCAACCAGUUAGCGGACCAGUCCUCAAUGAAAUGAAUUGUGCAUUAGUUCAGAUCGAGGACCUCGCCAACGACCUUGAUCAGCUUGCACUGGAAAAAGACUGGGAGAUGGAGCACAUGGCCCCUUCACCAAUUGCUGAAUCAUCACAAACAGAGGAUGAGCUUCUGAUUGAUUAUGAUUCAGAGUUGAACAAUGACGAUAUCGUCGGCUACGACGACGGCCGUGACUACUCCACCGACGACACCUAUCCCUACUAGAUUAGCAAGCACCUAAGGAAAUAUGUGUAUGUGUUAGGUUUAUGUAUGUCGUUCUAGUCUUUUGUAUGUGAACACAACUGAUGUGUGCCACAACUUCCUGCUUUAGUUGAUGUCCUGUUUAUGUUUGUCGAUACCUAUCUUUGGUAAUGCUUAAUGUUAUGAAGUUUGCAAUAUAUGUAGUCUUCGCCACUUGUGACUUUGUUGUGCCUGUCCUAUUUACAGUCUCAUGGUUUCUAUUCAUUUCAUAUGGUUGCCUCAAAUGUACUACACUUAUUUAGUUCAAUAUGUUGUAUUUUUUGUGCGAGUACCUUCAUUGUACGGCAUGGGUACCGACUGGAACCAAGUUAUGGCACAAUAUGGAAGUUACCUAUCCGAGGAUGAUGCCACUCAGUUUCAGAACACUGCAUUUGCUCCUACGCCUGAGAUACCAGCCCAGGGAUCACCAGCAGCACCUCCAGUGAAGAAGGCUCCUCAACGCACAAAGCUAGCAAAUUUCACGUCUGAAGAGGAUAUGAGGGUUUGUCAAGCUUGGUUGGCUGUGAGUUGUGAUCCCAUUGUCAACACUGGUCAGAAGCGUCAAGGAUUUUGGAAUCGGAUUACAGAGGCAUACAACUCUCGCAGAGGAUCAAUGCCAGAGAGGUCUACAAAAUCUCUCAUGAGCAGGUGGGACAGUAUCAAAACUCAAUGUUCUACAUUUGCUGGAUACAUGAUGGCUGUGCUUCGACAAAACCCAAGUGGCAUGACUGAUGCAGAUAAGACAUCUCUUGCGGCUACUCGGUUUGCUGCUGUUGAAAAGAAGCCCUUCCAUUUCUUACAUUGUUGGUCCAUAUUGAAGGAUCAACCAAAAUGGAUGGACCAGCACAUGGGUAACCAAAAUCCUCCACCCAACCCAAUUGGUACCCAAUCAAAUACUAUUGACUUAGAUGCUGGUGAAGACUCAGCUCCAUCAAGUUUUACUUCGAAGAGACCGCUUGGUCGUGAUUCAGCCAAGGAAAAGGCAAAGAAGCAACGAUCAGAGAACACAUCAUCCACUGAUUCGGAGUACCUAACACGGAUGGGUGAGCUUUCUUUGGAACGGUUAUCUGUGUACAAAUCAGUAGCUUCAACUGAGGAGAAGAAGUUGGAGUUCAUGAAGAAACAGGAGAGGCAGAAACUCAUAUUGGAGAGGAAGAAGCUUAAUCUAGAGAAGAUGAAGAUGGAACGACAAAAGGUGAAGGAGGAGACGGAACAGAAGGUUCUCAUAUUGAGCAUGGAUUUGACAAAAUGUAACCCCGUCCUUCGACAGUACUAUGAGGCGAAACAACAGGAGAUUCUCGCAAGGGUUACUGGAAGCUCGUCGUCAAGCAAGUGAAUGUUCAUCAUGACAUUGUAGUGCUUGAGGAAGUAUUGUUAGUUGUUUUCGAAAACAAGUUUAUUUUCAGCACAUGUGGACUUGACAUUU